AUGUCCACUACUCGAACGGGCCGUAGAAAGGCUGUACGGUUUCCAGCUGGAACCUCUUCUGAAACAUCCACCAAAAAACUCACCAUCACCACCACUGUAAAAAAACAAAGAGCAUUAAAUGUCAGUGAUAGACCACCCAACAAGAAGCGACGUCGAAAUGAAGACAACGACGAAGAUGACGACGAAGAUGACAUCAAUGAUGAGGAUUACCACGACGAAGACGAAGACCAAAAUGACAGCCAAAUCGCAGCACUCUCUGAAAUUGAGCCUACUAGUCACAAGAUGUCGUCUGUCCAACCAAACUUUAGCAACUACCAUGAACUCGGUGUUGAAUGGGGCCAGGCGUACGCUGAAAAAACACUCACCUCUCUAAAUCUACCCAAGAAUAACCGACCUUCGACCGCGGGACUCUUCGAGGCACAAGCGUUGCAAUCAGCUUACGGCACCGACAAAACGAUGCUUUGCAUUAUCAUGAAAUGCAGCAGAAAGGUCCUCGAUGAAGCUUUGCUAGAAGGUCCAUUAACCCGCGAACCCAAUAUGUAUACCAACUAUCAAACAUACAGUAACAUCGCAACUAACACCCCAAUGCCACCCAAGGGAGUGUCAAAGGGAUUUAAAGCUCGCAACCAAAUCGUGGGCUCAACUUGGUCAUCUUAUAAUCCGGAAGAGCAAGAAGUUUUCACACCUCGCCUAUUUGAGAGGCUCUGUAUAGCCACAAGCGAGGCGUUUGCGUUAACACAAACACCACUGGGUAUUACAACGUCAUUCCGCGAUGAACCAAAGGAACUUACCAAUGGACCCUCUGCAAGUCCUCCCGCAUCUGGAAUUGAACCACUCAGCCCACAAGAGUAUGACAAAUACGGACCAAUUUUUGAACGACUGGUCAACUCCCAGAAAGUAGCACAUGACCUGCACAACGGCCGACUCUGGAGGCAUAGCGGCAAAACGAAAAAUCGGACCAUGGAGCAGCUGAUGACAAAGGAAGUUGGCAAGAUAGUGCGGCAGCUCCACGUUUUGAAAAAUCAAUUCAACCUGCAAUUUCACAUUCUGAUUGCAAGAUGGACGCCGGAUUCACCCUCCUCCCAAGCCCUCUUUCAGGAAGAGUACAUGUCUUGUGAAAGGUGGGCGCGGUCACAGCAGAAGACGCACCUGCUUGAACGUUUCACUUUUGAAUCUACCAAAGCCCCACACCAUCUUCGCGAAACAAGUGACGGCCGCAAGGCACCAUCGCCAGCUGCAAUCCGACAAGCUGAACGACGCACUGAGCUAGCCAAAGCCCUCAACAAUCUGAUAUCCCCCUAUCUACGUGAUGGUUAUCUGGGAAAGGGAGACGCACACCCAAAAUGUGCCAACUUGCAGGAAGCUUUACCCAAGAAGGACUUCCGCGGUGGAAUAAAGCUGGAUAUCCAUCGAACCCCUGAGAGCUGCAUUACUGAUAGGAUGCUAGCUAAGGGCCCCAGCUCUCUUACAAACGACGAAGUUGAAAUAUGGAUUGAGGAUAUCAACAAUAAGUACUACACUAUAGUUAAGGUGAAUGCUACAGAACAAAAAGACACCACAUCGGACAAAUCCGAGUCUGAUACCGCUUCCACACCAUUACACUUGGCUGAAGCGGAAAUAAUGGCAGAGCUUACUGGUAACUCCGGAAGUAACUGA